AUGGAGAUAGCAAAGGAACUUAUAUUAACUCUCAAGCAAAAUAAUAAAUCACACGUUGGAUACGGAUUACAAAAGGAAUGUGAAGCUCUUGUUGGACAUAUUCUGCAAAAUAUGGUCAAAUCCCAAAUGCCUCCUUUGCAGCCUGUGACGAAAAAUGAGGAUGAUUCUAUUAAAUACAGAGAAGAAGGUAAUCAGCAUUUCGUGAUGGGUGAUGAUCUGGAAGCCAUCGAGUGUUACACCCUGAGCUUAGCAUACGCCGAUAGCGAAGAACUCAUGGCGUGUGCACAUGCAAAUCGAUCUGCCGCUUUGUACAGGAAACAAUUGUACAAAGAAUGCUUGAUAGAUAUUGACGCGGCUUUAAAUCAUGGAUACGCAAAAGAGAAGCAGAAAAACUUGAAGGAAAGGGGAGAUAAGGCGAUAAUAGAAAUUAAAAAGCUGUUGCAAAUAGAUUCAGAGGACGCCGAUAAUCAGAAAGUUAUGGAUGGACUACAUCUGCGCGAUGAUAUCGAAAAGUCUGCUACAGAAUCAGGAAACAUUGAAUAUGUUGAAAAGGGAACUGCGAUGGAAAAAGAUCAAGCGAACAGUGUUCCAAAAAAGCAGAGUGCAACGACUAAUGAAAAUUAUUUUUAUUAUACAACGAAGAUCCCCCCGAAGAAGCCGAGAUAUUUGCAGAACGAGGAUUUCUCCAAGUUAAUGUACGGUCCAAGCAAGGAGGUGCCUGCUAUCAGCGACGGGAUCGCUGUGUCCUUCUCCGAAAGAUACGGCAGACAUUAUGUAGCGACACGGGAAUUCAAACCUGGUGAUAUAGUCAGCAUCGAAGAUCCGUAUGCAAAUGUUAUUUAUGAAGAACGAUAUUAUACACAUUGCCACUAUUGUCUAUCCAGAAGCUAUAAUUUAAUACCGUGUCCGAAGUGUCCGAUAGCCCAAUAUUGCUCCGAAAAAUGCAGAAAAUUAGCGUGGAAAGUAUGCCACGAAACGGAAUGUCCAAUCCUAAAGCUGUUAACUAACUUGCUUAACGUGGACAAAGAUAAAAUAAGAAUGAUUUCGAAGAUUAUUCGCUUGUUGAUUGCAGUGACCGAAAACGGAACCAAAAUUAAAGAAUUGCAGCAAGAUAUGAAAAUCGCGGAAUCUAAUUCAGAUAGUAGAACAGCAGGAUUUACAGACACUGGGAUAUUGGACAGUUUUAGCGCACGUUCCGCACUGAGCCUGGCAACCAAUAUGACUACAAGACCGCUGAUCGGAGUUAGCGCGUUCGCUUGUAUUUCAGCACUCGCCGUAAUUCUUUUAGCCACACAAACCAAAUUUUUCCCUAAGAAAUACGAUAUGGAGGAUUUGAAAGACAUCAGUGAGUUUUGCGAGCUGAAAUUUUGCGCCAGUAUAAUGUUUCGUGCCUGCGUGAUAAUGUCCUCCAAUUGCUUUUCGAUACAACAGGAACCAGGAAUAAUAUCGGGUUCAGGCUUGUAUGUGGCUCAUAGUUUAUAUAAUCAUUCUUGUGCACCGAACACUUUCCGGCAUUUCGAAGGGCUUACAAUGAUCACGCGUGCCCUGACGCCUAUACAUCCCGGAGAUCAGAUAUUCACAAGCUACGGCGGUGUGUACGCGCAUAUGGCUCGGUUCGAGAGAAAGCAAAAAAUACUGCAGGAUUAUUUUUUCGAUUGCGAUUGUCCGGCGUGUGAGAACAACUGGCAAACAUACAAUGAGAUUCUGCGGGAUCAUACUGGCUCUAUUUCCAAAAAUAAGCCACUUGUGGAAAAGAUGAAACCUUUCAGAGAGAGAUUGCUCGCGAAUAUGUACGAUAUCGAAGCGGUGAAAGCUGUUCUCGAUAUAUUGUACAAGGAAGUCAGCAAACAUCCUUGUGAGGAAAUACUCCAUGCGGAGCAAUAUUUAAAGAGCUACUAUUUGGAUCCGUGAGUUGAAAAGAUAUGACAAUAGAAAUUAAUAUCGAAGAAGUAUUCUUUUCUUUAGGACAACAUGUUUGAAGAACAUUGUAGUGACUGCAUUAUAAUGUAAAAUGUCUUCUAUAUUAAUUAGGGAGACUAUUCACCAAAUAUCUUAUAUAUGUCAAACAUUUACAAUUUUAUCAAACUAUUAUAUAAAAUUAUUGAAUCCAAUAAAAUC